AUGUUCAAAGGCGAGGGCAAGGCGGACAGCGAGCGGCUGCUGAGGAAGGUUCGGUUCCGCGUGGCGUCCUCGCACAGCGGGCGGGUGCUGAAGGAGGUGUACGCCGACGGCGAGGCCGCCGACUCGCUGGACUCCGAGUAUGCCAGCAGCUCAGAGACCGAGCAGACCAGCCGGCUGAGCGAGGUGGACGGGCAGCAGAAUGGGCACGCGGGCUCGGAGUGCGAUGAGAAUGACAAUGAGCAGGAUGACUUGCUCAUUUUAGUCAGAGCCACUAAAGAGAAGGGGUUUGGUACAAAGCGAGUCAACAUCCUCAGCAAAAAUGGCACAGUCAGGGGAGUCAAGCAUAAAGUCAGCGCUGGUCAAGCCCUUUUUGACAAUUUGGCAAAAGUAUUUCAGGUAGGUGGUGCAGAUCUGCUGUUUGGCCGCAUAGUAAUUUAUACUACCAGUCUUCGUGUGGUGAGAACCACUUUUGAAAGAUGUGAACUGGUUAGAAAGAUAUUUCAAAAUCACAGAGUUAAGUUUGAAGAAAAAAACAUUGCUCUGAACAGUGAUUAUGGAAAAGAACUAGAUGAAAGAUGCAGAAGUGUCUGUGAGGUUCCCUCACUCCCUGUUGUGUUCAUUGAUGGCCAUUAUCUUGGGGGUGCUGAGAAAAUUUUACUAAUGAAUGAAUCUGGGGAACUGCAGGAUCUCUUAACCAAAAUUGAGAGAGUCCAGCAUCCUCAGGAGUGCCUCUCUUGCGGGGGCUUUGGUUUCCUGCCGUGCUCAGCGUGCCAUGGGAGCAAGAUGUCCGUGUUCCGGAACUGCUUUACGGACUCCUUCAAAGCCCUCAAGUGCACUGCUUGCAAUGAGAACGGGCUCCAGCGCUGCAGGAGCUGUGCAGGCUAA